AUGGAUAUACAAGACCUGGGCGCUUUACCAAGGCAGAUCGAUGAAGCAUUCACCAAAUUUCCCGCAAUUGAUGCUGUCAUUGUCAAUGCCGGUGUCCAGAUACUACUAGAUUACACCGCCGACAACGCCUCCACCAUCGGAUACCCGACCACGGCUGAUAUCACCAAAGAGAUCACGACCAACCUUACCGGUCCGACGGUCCUCGCACGCUGUGUCAUCGAACACUUCCGUGUUUCACGACCAAGCCAGGCCAGCCUUCUAGCCUUUGUCACGUCAGGCCUAGGCCUGGUCCCGGUCACUAUGUUACCGAUUUACUGCGCUACAAAAUCGGCGCUGCAUUACUUCACUGUUAUCUUGCGAAAUCAACUCAAGAACACCGCCAUCAGUGUUGUGGAAAUUCUCCCGCCGUACGUGAAGACCGAAUUGGAUGUGGCGCACGCCGAUGAGAUGGCGAAACGUCUUGGUGGGAAGAAGCCACAGGGGAUGCCUGUGAAGGAAUAUGUUGCAAGUGUUGUAAGAGGGUUGGAGGUCACGGAGAUGGAUGGGAAGAUCCAGAAAUAUGUUGCGGAGGGGAUGCCCCGAGCUGCGGUCGAAGCAUGGGUUCAGGCUGUUGGUCCCAUGGCUCGGAUGUUGCACACGGAUUUGUGA